CCCCGCCCACGGCCGUGCCCUCCGGGUGCCCAUCCGGGCGUUUUGGGAUCCCGAACUCCCGUUUUCCCGGCAGGAAUCAGGACGACUUCCAGCUGGUGCGGAAGCUGGGCCGGGGCAAGUACAGCGAGGUCUUCGAGGCCAUCAACAUCACCAGCAACGACAAGGUCGUCGUCAAGAUCCUCAAGCCCGUGAAGAAGAAGAAGAUCAAGCGGGAGAUCAAAAUCCUGGAAAAUCUCCGGGGGGGCCCCAACAUCAUCAACCUCCUGGACAUCGUCAAGGAUCCCGUGGCCCUGGAUUACUGCCACAGCAUGGGGGUGAUGCACCGGGACGUGAAGCCGCACAACGUCAUGAUCGACCACGAGCACAGGAAGCUGAGGCUGAUCGACUGGGGCCUGGCCGAGUUCCACCACCCGGGGCAGCCGGUCCCGGUGUCACCCCGGGGUGCUCCUGUCACCUCUCCCCUUGAGCAGCCCGGGGGGGGGUUUGGGGGUGCAUUCCAGGGGUCCCCACGCCCCCAUUCCCAUGGGAACCAUCCCGAGCUGAGGAAAGACUUGGGGGAAGAAGGGGGUGAAAUUCCCAAGGGGCAAAUUCCAAACCCGACCCUCCAAAAGAGGAUGGGAACGGGAACUCCGGCCCCGGUGCCACCCCGGGGUGCUCCUGUCACCUCUCCCCCUGAGCAGCCCAGAGGGGGUUUGGGGGUGCAUCUGGGGGUCCCCACACCCUCAUUCCCACGGGAAUUGUCCCCCCCCAGCUGA